CACGUUCAAAAACGGUCAGCGGCAAGAGCUGUGGGAGAAUUUCUGGUUUUAAUUUAUUUAUAAAAAUAUUUAUCACAGCAUCAUGUCAUUUCGUGGUCGGCAGUGUGCUUAGCGCGUCGUUUAAUUGAGCACAAAGAGAUUGAGGUUAAACAAGAAAAACACAGCGAAUUCUCUCAGUAUUUUAAAUUUCAACAGCUAAAACUACAAGUUUAGACUUGUUGCAUUCCUUUAUACAAGUGCCUUUAGUAGCCAAGUGAAAAGUUCUAAAAAUAAAAUGGGCCGGCUAAUGGAAACCUAUGUCGACGCACAAUUGAAAUUCGAUAGUAAAUUAGUGAAUAUUGUCAAAGAGCACAAACAUUUAUUUGAUCGGACUCAUAAGUUAUUUGAAGAUGGGGGCACGAGAAGGGAAACUUGGGAAGUUAUAGCCCAACAAUUACAAAAAACAGAUUCCUAUUGCGAAAAACGUUGGGUUUACAUCAUAAACAGACUAUAUGAUGAAAUAUUUUGGAUGUUGAAGUAUGAAUCACCAUCACCUUGGCUACUUUAUCCCCAAUUGGAUUUUCUCUGCGAAUACAUAGACUGGGAAGAUGUUAAUGGCCUUUGCAAUGAGCUAAUGGAAUUUGAUUUGGCCACAGCCCUGGAAGGUGUAUGAUAUCAAUAUUGAACCCAGGGGUUACCACAAAAUAAAAUGGUUUUUCAAAGAAAAUUAUGAAGCAAUAAUUGUUAGGGUUUUAUUAUUUAAAACCUGUAUUACGUGCCUUAAUGCAUACUUUUUUAUGCAUCAUUCCAUUAUCAAAACAAGGUGCAAUCGAUUUUGAAUAGGGAUUAGAUAAGAUUUCAGUGAUGUGAUGAUUAAAAAAACAAUAAUCAAAAUACCUAUUGCGAGAAAAAUUUUAGGUACAUUUUGACUUUAUUUUUAUUUAUCUGUUUGUUAAUAUUUUAGUCCAAUUUUAUAUUUUAUGGGAAUUUAAUUGAUAUCUUUGUUGCAUGCUAUGAUGUUUGUAGUUUUUGUUUAUUGUUUAAGGAAUUUAUUUGUUUAUGCAUGAAUUAAAAUUAAGGAAAAAGAAAAACGCCAUAAAAAUUAUCUAGUAGGUUGGUUUGUAACCCAUAUUUUAUUGUAUCGUGUCUUUUGAUAAAAAAAUUUAUUCCAAAAUUUGUUAAUUAAAACUAAUUAUUUGUUUUUUAAAAUUAUUACUGUUUUGUACAAAUUUACAAUACUUUUUGGACUAAACUAUAUUUUUUUUAUACUUACAAAAUAAAUUAUUUAUUGAUUGAAUUGACUAACACAUUUUGUUUUAUUGUAUUAGUCUAUGGCCAGAUUCCACUAAUAAAGAUUCUAGUUUAAAGGUGAUAUUAUCGGUAACAUUUAACUGGUGUGUCCAAUAGGCAGCUAGAAACAUUGCCUCGUUUUUUGUUUUGGAGUGUGCGAUAUUUUCCAGAAUGGUCCGCUUUGCCUGAAAACCACAAAAUACGUUUAUUAUAAUAAAAGUUGUAAUUUCAUUUUAUCACAUGAUUUUAAUAAAUAAAUUAUUUCUGAGGUUUUUAUUAUGGAAUAUGUAUUUGUUGUUUGGUGCAAUAUUUUAUAUUCGUUGUUCAAAAUAGGAAUAGACGGAUAGUGAAAUAAAGAUGCAUCUAAAUGAGAGUGACUUGAACUCUUAAGGUAAGUAUGCAUUUGUUAGCAUUGGACAAAUGGAAUGGAUGAAAAUGAUUUUUUGAAUUAUUUUAAGCACACACAGACGUAUCAGACACAUCGUAGAAACGCAAUUCUGCUCAGGAUUAAUUCAAUAGGAUAAAAUCCAUGUAUGCCAUGCGUCAUUCCCAAAUUCGCUUAAAUGCCCUGUAAGUAAAGUCUAUCGAUUUUAAUCUGAUACUCGGAAGGAAUGUGAACUGGUGGCACCCUACAUUAAAACGC